UCCAGCUGUCCGCUGCUUAGGAGAAGAAACGACGACAUCAACCAUGUUACGACGAUGAUGAGCCCGGGAAGAUGGAGGCACUCACUCGGGUCUACAAUGACCAUCCAAAGACUCUGCUCUUCACAUCUGCGGCGGUGAUUCGGAUCCUCCUCGCCAUUGCCUGGCCUGCCCUCCCCGACCUCCUCACGAGUCGAGUUGAGAUCUCCACCGCGGUGAACAGUUUCAAGAGGCUACAAGAGGGCUUGUUUCUUUACGACCACGGCCUCGACCCCUACGAUGGCGGCAUCUUUCACCAGGCUCCACUCUUUCUGCCGCUCUUCUCCCUCCUCCCCUCACCCCAAGAGUCGAUCGGACGGCUCAUCAGUGUCCUUCUCUACACCGCACUAGACUUGUUCUCCGCCGAACUCCUUUGUCAAAUCGCCGAUUCCGGCGCAGCAACGCAGUCAACAUCAUAUACUUCUCCCCGAAGACAGCGGACAUGGCGGUCUAUCUCCGUUGUAGCGAUCUACCUCUUCAACCCCUACACCCUUUUGACUUGUCUAGGCCGACCAACGACAAUCUUCACAACCUUCUUCGUUCUUCUCAGCAUCAGCCACGCUUGUCAGGCGAGAAUGGCUACGUCUGCCUUUGCGCUCGCCGUCGCCAGCUACAUCAGUCUUCACCCCGCCUUCCUCCUGCCGCCGAUAGGGGUUCUGUGCUAUGAUCGCGUUUGCCUGCAACGAAUCAGCUCUUCUUCCCAAAACGCCAAACCCACGACCUCGAAAGCAAAUGUCACGAUCGACCAGCACCGUUUCCCCAGCGCCCUGCAAUUCGCUUUUUCGAUGCUCACCACCUACGCAUCUACCACGGCCCUUCUCCUCGCCCUGUCAAGACUCCUGCUCCCCAGCUGGACCUUUAUCCCGUCCGUCUACCUCACCCCUCUGCAACUCCCAGACCUCACGCCAAACACGGGGCUGUGGUGGUACUUCUUCACCGAAAUGUUCGAGCCUUUCCGCAACUUCUUCCUCGGCGUCUUCUGGUUGCACAUGUUCUCCUACAGCAUUCCCCUCAGUCUACGCCUGCGCAAACAGCCGUUGGCGAGCGUGGUGCUGAUGUGGGGCAUUUGCUGCGUCUUGGAGCCUUACGCUCAUAUUGGCGCAGUCGGAGGGGCGGGCAGUCUACUGUGCUGCGUCGGACAUGUGUUUGAACUCUCGACCGCCCAUCGCUACACCUUUCCCGCCCUCGCCGCCCUGCUCUACUGCACCCUACUCGGCCCCGCUUUCCAUCACCUCUGGAUCUACGCUGGGUCGGGCAACGCCAAUUUCUUCUACGCCAUCACGCUCGUGUGGAAUCUGGGCUUGUUCAUCCUGCUUACCGACACGCUUUACGCGGUGCUGAGGGAUGAGUGGGAGUGCGAAAGGCCAGAGGGGAAGGGGAAGGACGUCAGACAGAUAUAGAGACGUCAGCUUUGUUUUCGCCCUGUCAUCAAAUCAAGCGAUAGCGAUUUCGAUGCAAAGGACGUCCGUUAAAUCCACGUCAAAUGUCAAAAGCCUGAAGCAAUGGAAGCCGUGAUUGGCAAAGCUUAAUCAAGACAAACUCCCCCAAAAGCGUGGGAAAGGCAGGGUUAUUAAACCCCGCAGCCAAUGAAACGACGCACGUGGGUAAUCGCCGGUGCCGACAUCCAGCCAACCUCUGAUCAAACUACUGCAGC